AUGUUGCUUUUACACCAUGAAACACGAAUUAUUUUUUACUUUUUCCUUCUAAUAAUACAUUCAGAUUUCGCACAAAAACCCAGCGCAUUGUUGGAAGGACUUGACAUCACUGACAUAGAGAACAAAAUUAAGACUAAACACUGUUCAAACCAUGACCUUAAAUACCAACAUAUUCCUCACAGUUUUUCGUCUUUCUCCAACUGCCUCUCUAAACAAGGAAUGGUAUUUCGAGGAGGACCCUGUGGUGUCAUGCCAGCAACAUCAUGCGGAGGUUUUAACUGUGCCCUUGGGAUUGGAUUUCCUAUUUCUACAAUUUGCUGUAAGUAAUUAGUUUUUGGUGAUAUCAUAAACACUGACCUACCUGUGUACAUAUGAAAAACAUGGGGUCACCAAAUUGCCUGAUCUUGCGAAAAGUGUAAGGAAGCCGGACAUGGUCUCACCUUCUACUCUUGUUAAGUCUGAAUUUCAGCACGUUUUCGAAAAAGUAACAAAAGGCUUCCUAUCAAAAUAUUCUCCCCUUAAAAAAUUGUUAGGUUAUGUUAUCCGUGACCGUAAAUAAAUGUUUUCACAUCUUGUACAGGUUCUUGGCUAGGUUGCAGGAAAGCGACUCAAUCCAGUCAAGAAAUCGAUACUGCUAAGCGGUUUGACAUCACAAGCUUACCAGCACACCCUUUUGCACUUCCUUGGAAAACACCCACAAAGCUCUACAAUCACAAACGCAAGCGUAAACACAAACACUCAAAACCGAAAAAAUACCAUCACCAGUCUACCGAAAGAGGCCCCAACAUAGACGUUGAAUUGAAGCUGAACGAUGAGCCAAAACACAAAACACAAGACGAAGUUGUGCUCGGUCAACCAUUAGAUCACAGACCUUGGUUUCCUUAUAUGUACAGACCAAUUCAACCGCUUCACAUGCAGUAUCAUCCCCACUUCUCUCCACAUUAUCUGCAUUAUCCCACGAGGUUUUACCUUCCAUCCUAUUGGCGGUUCCAAGGAUAUUUUCCUGAUUUUGUGAACUUGAGAUCUCCCUGGACAAUGAAUCCGUCAGAUAUGUCAAAUGCCCAUCAUUAUCCUGAGUAUCAGUAUGGAGAUGUGCAGUUCUUCCAGUCCAAUCAUCUUUUAAGGUAUAAUCGACCACCGUUUAGAGAUUUCAACGAUUUCAGCUCUAACCUCCAACUUUUAGACAAAGCGGAAAGACUUCAUGAUCACUUGAAGCACAGCAAAAACAAAAUUAGGAGUCACAACGAGCGUGAUGGACUACGUGAAGAGGACAGGAAGAUGGUCGAUAACUCAGAAGACUCCAAGGGAACUGUCAAAUGGGGCAAUUAUAAACUAAGGGGAACUGAACACGAAAAAGAACCUACUACUAUUGUCGCAGAAGACCAAGGCAUGUUGCAUUUCGAUCCGACAGAAAAGGAAGAUUUAGAUACCAAUUAUCCUGAGUACAAAAGCGAAUUCAACACAGUGCGCUUCUGGCCUUCUGUGAAGAAGAGGCGAGGGCAACUUAACGCCCAUGUAACAUUCCACGAAUCAUUAAAAAAAGAAAUGACGUAUUAA